AUGACACCUGAGCAAAAGGCUCUUCUCUACGACUCUUACUAUCAGAAUCACCGCAUCCAAUGGUAUCUAGGCUACGUUUGGGCAUCGACGGUUGCAGCCAUCUUCACGUAUCGUAUUACCGUCACUGCACUGCGUUACGUUCGUACACUCGCGUGCCUGGAAAACGAAAAGCAACACUAUUUCGUCAAUCCUCAUUCUGGCUGGGCUGGUCUUAGGCGCCACAUCAUCGAUGCACCUCUGUUCCGUAGAAGACACAACCGAGAGUUCAAGCUCUCUGCUGCGGCUAGUAUGGGCACGCUACCAGGCAGGCUCCAAACCAUGUAUCUGAUCGGCUAUGUGGCAAUGAACAUUGCGUUCUGCGUUGUCAGCAUACACUGGAGUGGCGGCAACAUCGCUACCGAAAUCAGAAACCGCACAGGUGUCCUAUCAGUAAUGAACAUGCUUCCGCUGUUCUUGCUUGCUGGUCGUAACAAUCCACUCAUCAAGUUGCUCGACAUUUCAUUUGACACUUAUAAUCUCAUGCACCGCUGGAUCGGUCGUAUCGUGGUUCUCGAAGCUGUUGCCCACACUGCUGCAUGGAUGGCGAGCAAGAUCAUGGCUGCCCCUUCAUCAUCGGCUGGUUGGAACAUCAUUGGGAAGGCAAUGGCUAGCAGUCAACUUAUUCUGACUGGCACAAUUGCGACAUGCGCAUUCAUCACGCUCAUGCUCCACUCGCCUUCUGUUGUGCGUCAUGCGUUCUACGAGACCUUCCUCGGUGUUCAUAUCGUGUUGGCUGUCAUUUCCAUCGUCACUGUGUGGAUCCAUCUCAAGACACUCCCUCAGCAGAUCCUCAUCCUUGGGGUAAUCGUCAUUUGGAUCUUCGAACGUACUGCACGCGUCGCCAUCCUGAUCCGUCACAAUGUCGGUCAAGGCGGUACCAAGGCCGAAGUUGAGGCUCUUGCUGGAGAAGCCAUCAGAGUCACUCUCCGUAUGGCACGUCCUUGGAAGUUCCGCGCUGGUCAGCAUCUCUACCUUUAUCUGCCUUCUGUUGGUAUGUGGACUAGCCAUCCAUUCACCAUCGCUUGGAGCCAGGAGGAGCAAGAUCUUACUUCGGAGAAGUUACCAACCGAUACCCUCGACGUUUUGGCCAGACGCAAGACGACCAUGUCUCUUAUCAUUCGUCGCCGUACAGGUUUCACCGACUCGCUAUGGAAGAAGGCCGAGAGUGCUCCUGAUGGCAGAUUCUGGGCUAAUGCGCUUGUCGAGGGCCCUUAUGGAGCUGCUGAUUCUUAUGAGUCAUAUGGUCAUGUCAUGCUGUUCGCCGCGGGAGUUGGUAUUACUCACGCGGUACCACAUGCUCGUCAGCUCGUCGGCGGUUAUGCCAACAACACCUGUGCUACCCGCAAGGUUGUUCUUGUGUGGAUCCUCCAGAGUCCCGAGCAUCUUGAAUGGAUUCGUCCCUGGAUGACCGAGAUCUUGGCGAUGGAGAAGAGACGUGACUGUCUUCGUAUUCUUCUGUUCGUCACUCGACCUAAGAGCACCAAGGAGAUUCACUCUCCCAGUGCCUCAGUGCAGAUGUUCCCUGGUAAGCCAGACGUUGGCGCCCUAAUUUCUGCAGAGCAAUCGAAGCAAGUUGGCGCUAUGGCUGUCAGUGUCUGCGGUACAGGAGGUCUUGGUGACGAUGUCAGACGUGCCGUCAGAGAACGUUGCGAGAAGACAACGAUCGACUUCUACGAAGAGAGCUUCACCUGGUAG